AUGAAGUUCGCUACUAUCGCUGCUGUCCUCGCUUCCGCUGGUGCCGCCAUGGCUCACGCUAAAGUCCGCGCUGUCUUCAUUAACGGCGUUGACCAAGGCAACGGUGAAGGCUCCUACAUCCGUGCACCCCCCAACAACAACCCGGUCAAGGACUUGUCCUCCAAUGACAUCAUCUGCAAUGUGAACAACUCUCCUGUUCCCAAGACUCUCGAGGUCAAGGGAGGUGACCAGAUUACCUUUGAAUGGUCUCACGACAACCGAGGUGACGACAUCAUUGAUGCUAGCCACAAGGGACCUGCCUUGGUCUACGUUGCUCCUACCUCGUCCAACGGUCAAGGAAACGUCUGGGUCAAGCUCUACCAGGAGGUCUACCCCAACAACCAAUGGGCUACCGACAAGCUCAUCGCUAACAAGGGUCACAUCACCAUUACCGUGCCCGACUUGGCGACUGGAGAGUACCUGUUCCGUCCUGAGCUUGUGACUCUUCACGAGGCAGACACUGCGUUCAACGUGAACUCUGCACGUGGUGUGCAGCUGUACAUGGAGUGCAUUCAGUUCAAGGUGACGUCGAGCGGAUCUGUGAAGCUGCCUGCUGGGAUCGACCUGAAGAAGUCGUACACGUACUCGGACAAGGGGCUCGUCUUCAACUUGUACGGUUCCGACGCCAAGUCUUAUGUCGCUCCCGGCGGUGCUGUCUCGUCGAUCGCCGUCGCUGGCCAGCUCGGAAUCGGCCCUGUUCCGGCUGCCGGCAGCAAGCCUACCACUCCCCAGACUAGCGUCGCGUCUCCCAAGCCUACCACUGUCGCCCAGCCCACCACUGCUGCCACUAGCCCCACCAAGAUGACCACUGUUACCCUUAAACCUACUACCACUGCUGCUCCUGGCGGAUCUGCUGGCACAGUUGCCAAGUAUGGCCAGUGCGGUGGCCAAGGCUACACUGGUGCCACUCAGUGCGCCUCUGGCUCUACUUGCAAGGUCAACAACGAGUGGUACUCUCAGUGCCUCUAA